AUGCGGCUCAGCAGCGUCACGUGACGUCACCUCUGAGCAGCCAGUUGUUUACGGGCUGCUGAUGGUUCGUGGAUGGACACCGUGCUGGCAGGCUGUCAAAACCACACAGACAGGAGGACAAACAGCACAGGUUGUUGCCAGAGAGGGACACGGGCUUGUAGUGUCAACAGCCGGUCCUUAGUUCCUCCUGGAUCGCCCGUAGACGACCACCAUGGCCGACCACGAAGACUCAAAGAAGAUGAACGGAAGUGCUGGAAACUCAUCCCAACACUCCGAGCCGCCCAAAGAGAGCAUGCAGCUCAAGAAGGAGAUCUCGCUGCUGAACGGAGUCAGCCUUAUCGUAGGAAACAUGAUUGGCUCUGGCAUCUUCGUCUCCCCAAAGGGUGUCCUGAUCUACAGCGCCUCCUACGGGCUGUCGCUCGUCAUCUGGGCCAUUGGGGGCUUGUUCUCUGUGGUUGGGGCCCUGUGCUAUGCUGAGCUGGGCACCACCAUCACCAAAUCAGGUGCGUCUUACGCAUACAUCCUUGAGUCGUUCGGUGGCUUCAUUGCAUUCAUUCGUCUGUGGACGUCUUUGUUGAUAAUUGAGCCCACCAGCCAAGCGGUCAUCGCAAUCACAUUUGCAAACUACCUGGUGCAGCCACUCUUCCCCACGUGUGAACCCCCGUAUACUGCGGCAAGGCUCAUCGCUGCAGCCUGCAUAUGUUUACUGACAUUCAUUAACUCUGCCUAUGUAAAGUGGGGCACCCGCGUACAGGACAUAUUCACCUACGCCAAGGUGGCAGCUCUCAUUGUCAUCAUCAUAACUGGUCUCAUCAAACUGUGCCAGGGUUAUACCAAAAACUUUGAAUCAUCUUUUCAGGGAUCGUCGACAGAUCCAGGUGACAUCGCUCUGGCACUCUACUCUGCUCUUUUUUCCUACUCAGGUUGGGACACCCUUAACUUUGUUACAGAGGAGAUCAAGAAUCCUGAAAGAAACCUGCCGCUAGCCAUUGCCAUCUCUAUGCCCAUCGUCACCGUCAUCUACAUCCUAACCAAUGUGGCCUACUAUGCUGUUCUGGAUGUUAGUGCCAUACUGGCCAGUGACGCAGUGGCAGUGACUUUUGCAGAUCACACUCUUGGUGUGAUGAGCUGGAUCAUCCCUAUCGCUGUGGCUCUGUCCUGCUACGGAGGCCUCAACGCCUCUAUUAUUGCUGCAUCCAGGUUGUUCUUCGUUGGUUCUCGUGAGGGUCACCUUCCAGAUGCUCUUUCCAUGAUCCAUAUUCAGAGAUUCACUCCCAUCCCUGCUCUGAUAUUCAAUUGUGUGAUGUCACUGAUCUACCUCACAGUGGAGGACGUCUUCCAGCUCAUCAACUACUACAGCUUUAGUUACUGGUUCUUCAUGGGUCUGUCCAUUGCCGGACAGAUCUACCUCCGCUGGAAGGAGCCAGACAGACCCAGACCACUCAAGCUUACGUUGCUGUACCCCGUGAUUUUCUGCAUGUGUACGAUCUUCCUGGUGGCCGUCCCCCUCUACAGUGACACCAUCAAUUCUCUGAUUGGCAUCGGCAUUGCCUUGUCGGGGGUUCCUGUCUACUUCCUGGGUGUCCACCUGCCAGAGUCCAAACGACCGCCUAUCAUCACCAAGCUGCUGCGUUCUCUGACUCACUUCACUCAGUUCAGCUGCUUCUGUGUGCUCACAGAGUUGGACAAAAGUGAAUAAAAUUCUGCACGUUUGCUAACUUUACCCAGAAGUCUCUGCGUCCUCACAGCUGACAGUCACAGGGACCUUACCAGCAAUGAAUCUGUGAAAAACUCUCUUUUUGUACUGUAACUCACAUGUUUACAGCACUGAAAUGCUGCCAUAAAAUGAACACAGUCAAUGCAGACUUACCCUGGAACUCAAGGACAUUCAGCUUUAAGCAUCAAGUACUGUUAGACUCCAUAUUGUAGAUUCUGUUUGAUUUAUUCAUCACACUAUUUAAUGACCUCUAGUAUUAAGAAAUUGCCUUUUUGUUUAACAUUUAAUUGUACAUAUGUUUGUAAAUAAAACGUGCCUGUGAGAUUUUACAGGAGUGACAACCAAAUCAAACCGAUAUCAAUGCAAACAGUCUAUCAGACAUUUAACCCAUUCAGACAGAUAAUCUGUGCAGUGUGUUUGAUGUGUCUGAAACCUCUGAGGGUAUCUUGAAUACUGUCAUGUUGAAGUCUUGAAUGAGAAAGGGAAUAACAUAUCUGUUUGUCUGCUGCUAUAUGAAGACAGAGCAUCCUGAUGGUGUUGUUACAUUUAUGUAUAUCAUGUUCAGUGUCAUUGUCUGGCUGUUUUUUUUCUGCUCAAAUUCAGAUUAUUUCUUUUUUACUUUGUAUUUUUAACAACUUUUGUAAAUGUUUAAAGCACUUUGGCUGAGGUGGGUAAAUUGUCUAACACUGAGUGAGGCUGUAUGUUUGCUUUGAACUGUUUGGCACUAAAUCGCUUUACUCAGAGUCUUUACAACAUGCUGCGUUCAGGACACCGAAUGAUGUUCAAGCUCAGGUCAAACUAGAAGCUAAGCUAUCAAGUGUAGCUCUCCAUCUUUACACACAGUUGUUUUGCACAUCUUCUGUUCUUGUCUCAUGUAAAGGAUUCUUGUGUAAAAGAAUUCAAGUGUUUCUUGAGUGUGAAAAAUCCUAGCAGACAAUAGAAUAUUAAUUUUGCAAAAAAUAAAUUGAAUAACAAAUUUA